UUUAAAUUCAAGGAAGAUGUGUGAAAAUAAUUUAUAAAGCCUUUAUGUUUCCUAAGUAUCAAAUAAUAGUAUAUCAAUUCUGAAAUUUAUUAAUUAGAAAAUGGCUGAUGAACGAAAUUUUCGCUCGUCUUAUUAUGAAAAAGUGGGAUUUCGUAGUGUCGAAGAAAAAAGGUCUUUAGAAAUAUUACUUAAAGAGCGUCCUUUGGAUAAAGCAAAACUGAAACAAUUCUGCUUGCGAUUUACAGUUCCUACUAAAUAUAGAAACUUUCUUUGGAAAGUAUUAUUGGAUGUGAUACCAAUUUAUAUAGAUAGUCAUAAAUUUAUAAUAAGUCAGAGAAAAGCAGAAUUUCAAGAUCUACAAAAAGCUUUAAAGGUUACAAAGAUUUUGGAUGAUUAUACAAAACCUCAUUUAAUGCUCCUUACUAUGUGGUUAUUGCGCACUAGAAGAGCAAAACUUGACAUGAAUACUCAAUUAGAAGUUCCCUUACACAGAGCUAUGAACAGAUUGGCUGAAACAUUAUGGCACAUUGUUGACAUAGAUUCAUAUGAGGAAAAGUUAGUAGACACAUAUUGGAUAUUAUGUGGACUUUUAGAUCAAGUACAAAAAUUUCAUAAAGAAAUCAGUAGAUUACAAGAAUGCACUUAUACUUUGUUAGAGAGAGAAGAUCCAGAAUUAUACAAGCAUCUUAUUAAAAUAGAAGCACUUAACAAUAUUCCAUAUGACAUUUGGUUUUCUUCGUGCUUUGCAGGAACAAUAUCUAAUGGUUCUAUAGCAAAAAUAUGGGAUAAAAUAGCUGUAGGCGCAUAUAGAACUUUAAUCUUUGUCACUGUAGUCACCCUAACAACUUUAAGAAGACUUUUAUUAAGAUGUGAAAAUAUAGAUGGUAUUUUAGAUACUAUUGCCAAUAUAACAGAAGAAACAUCUGAAGUAAUUGUUAACAAAGCAAUUGAAUCUUGGCAACAGAGUGGUUCAACACUGACAACUAUUUCAUAAACUAUUUACGAAAUUAAAACCUUCCUCUUAUGAACAAAAUUGUAUCAAAACAAUUAUAUUAUAAAUUACAAAGUAUAAAAUAACUUUCAGCUUUAACCAUUAAUUUUUUUAAAUAUAAAUAUUUGUAUAUCUAUAGAACAUGUUUCCUUAUAUUUUAAAAAUAAUUAUUUUAUUAAUGCAUCCAUCAUACAUUGUACAUAUACAAUUACUUACUUUAUUGAGGUGUUAAGUCUUAAACUGGACUUUGUUUUUUAUACUGUGACUCUUUUGUUUGUUUUGCAAUGUUACAUUACAACAGUGUUGAUGUACUUCUGUGUGUGAGAGCAAACUUUAAUAAAUAACUUCCAAAUCAAGCAGAAAUAUAAAAUUAUUGCAUGUUAUACUUAUAUUCUCCAAGAAAUUUAACACAAAUAAGUUAUCAUAUAUUCUCAAAAUUUGUUUUACAUAUUUUUUUAUCAUCGGAUAUAAUAAUCUUGUCAUAUAUAUUUAUGUUGUGCAUUUGUAAUAGAAUUUUAUUCCACGACUUACCUUAACGAAGAGAUAUAAAAAGAUAUGUAUAACACUUUCUCAAUACCAAAGUAAUUUCAAACAACAGAAUAGUACUGAUGGGGUUAAGAUUUCAUAUGAAUUGAUUAGCCCUUCUUUCGAAUUUUUACAAAAGAAAUCAUAUAUGAUGAUUUAUUUACAUCUUUUCUGAUUUAAAAAAUAGCAUUCUUGGAGAAAAGUGAGAUCAUACAAAAUUUUAUUUUUUGCUCACGCAUUGCACCAUAAUUUCAUGAGUUCCUACCGUUUUCUAAUAUUACAACUCUUGAAUAGGAUGUCUGCUACUAUGUCGUUCUUUGGUUUUCGAUGGGAUUUGAGCAUCCUCUUUUAUCGUGAAUUAUCUCGUAACAAAUGACAGUUAUAAUUUCAUGUAUAGUGAACAAAAUUAUGAACAAUAAAGCUAAUUUCAUUUCGAA